AUGAUCAUGGCGCAGGAACGUUCUCUUCGCGUACUGAAUUUGUUUGCCAGUGCCCUCACAACACCUUUCCUCAUUGCCAUCACCGUUCUCUCGCUGGAAUCCCAUAGUUACCGGUAUUGGUACGACCAUCGCGAUGUAACUACAUUCUGCUUCGGCUAUAUCCCCCUCGCCAUGACUGCGGUUGCUUCAACGGCGAGCAUUGUCCACCAACGAAGGCACAAUCGUAUGCCAGGCCCCAAGUUCGCUCUCCUGGACGGAUUGGCGGGUAUCGCGUAUCUUGCAAUACUCAUUCCGAUCUGGGCGGUCGAGGUUGACGAUCUGGGGUCAGCGGGAUAUGGCUUUUUGGCUGGAUACGCAACAGCUCCCAUGAUUGUCAACAUGUUUAUCCACUUCUACUUCUUUGCUUGCAAGGCUCGCGCGAUGUGGUUUGCGUUGCGUGCUCCGACGGUACAUGAGUGCCCCAACUGCCACCACGACUUGACGGUAGGCACUCCACAGAUCAAAGAGACGAACAAGGAUGGAGCGCGGUACAGCUUGCUGCGCGGAGAAGACUAUCUCGAUGCCGACGCUGAUGCCGAGCGCUACAUCGAUGAGAGCGCGAGGCCUUCCGAGGAGCAGCUCCGACCUGAGGGUGAUGACAAGGAAGACAAGGGCAAGUCCAGCAUCGAUGUCUGA